UUCGCUUUUACGUAUCCGUUCAUUUUAUUCCUGACCAUGAGGCGCUGGGGUGCUGAAGGGAUGUUUGGACUUUAUGGCGGUGCUCUAUCCCAGGAAUCACAGAGGAACUUGGAUAAAGGACAGGAAUGGAUGAAGAAAAAGAAACCUGAGAAAGCAAUACCUUUCCUUUUGAAGGCCAUGGAAGACCCCCAGAAUUUGGAUGCAUGCGUCACCCUCGCACUAGCAAUGCCCAACGAAAUGGCUAUCGAGUUCCUGAAGAGAGGGGAACGACAAGGACGUGAUAGGCUGAAGAGGACGCUUGGAGAGGAUUGCUUUGAAGACAAUGCGCAGUACGGUGCCCCUGAUUUCUGGGGCAUUCUCGAAACUCGGCCGUAUAUGCGCCUUCUUGGCACCAUGACGCGUAUGUAUAUUCACCUUGAGAACUGGACCAAAGCCAUAGAAGUCUCGUUCGAGGUUCUCCGUAUCUGCCGCUCCGAUAACAUGGGACAGCGAUAUUGGGUCGGGUCGCUGCUCUUGCAAGCAGGGCGACCGGCUGAUGCUCUCUACUUUACCCAACAAUGGAUUAAUUCCACGGAUGGGACUCCGCCUGGAAGUGGAAUCGACUUUAAGGAGCCUUCUUCAACUCCCUUGACUAAGAAAAUUAAAUGGGCCCAGGACGAGAUGGUCUACCCUGCAGCUUUGGCAGCUUUUACUCUUUGGGGCGACUGCGAGCUUGCCCGACAAUAUUUACAUGCAGCCGUCGAAGCAAACCCUCAGGUGCUCAUCAAAGUGCUUGCGAAUUCUAAGAGACCAUCCGACCUCAAAGCCACUCCAUCCCGCUCAAUGAAUGGGCGCGAAACUGCCCAUGAUCAUCUAUGGCUUACACAGGAUUUGUGGGCGAAGCCAGAGGUCGUGAAAUGGGUUGACAGUGACACUGUCGUCAAGCAGUACGUAUUGAGAGCAUGCAGCGAGCCAGGAUGUGGGAAGAGGGAAGAAACCGUAAAGGAAUGGCAGCAAUGUUCUGGCUGUAAAAAGUCAUAUUAUUGUAGCGAAAUUUGCCAGAGGGACCACUGGAAAGCGCAUAGAGAAGCGUGCAAACGCGAACAGGAAUAUUCUGGGCUCUCAAAGCUAUACUGAACCAACUCCGCCAACCGCCGACUUCUCGAAUUUUUGUCAAUACUAAUUGGUUUAUUGCGACUCAAAUAUAAUAACUGCGGCGCUUGUGUGCAUAAGUGACU